AUGGAGGAUCAUUGGAAGCUCAGCUACAAGCCUGGAAAUUCAGAAGAGGAAGAAAUAGAGGAAGGAAAAUUUGGCCUUUACUCAUCUUUGCCAUUGUCAGUUUUCUUGGCAAUUCCCUAUAAAGGAUCUUUUUGUGAUUCUGUCUGCAUCUGCAAUCCUUGCACAAGCGAAUACACGAUUCUCCCAAGAACAAGCACCAUCAAAUAUUGGGUUGGUAAUAUAGUGAGCGGAUUCGGUUACCUUCCUUCAACAGACGAGUACAAAGUUGUAAGGAUCUUGUAUCCUUACAAAGGGUAUAAGAGGCCAGCAUCUGAGGAUGACAAGAUCCUGGUCCAAGUAUACACUCUCGGAAAAAACAGUAGUAGUGGUUGGAGAAACAUCACAGCAGUCCCUCCUGGUUUAUUACAUCGCGAGGGUAUUUUUCCAAAUGGGUCCCUUUAUUGGAAGUACCUCAACGAGGACAACAACAACACCAACGGGCUUGUUGCUUUUGAUUUGGUGGAUGAAAGUUUUCAAGUGCUCCCAACACCACCGUGUAUCCAGUUUCCCAGCGAAAAGGAUUCAGUUUAUUUUGUAAAGAUGUUGGGAGGGCAUCUGUGUCUUAUAGAUCAUGCAAACGGAAGUAGUUGCGGGGACGUGAUAGAACAAGAGUAUUACCGCGAUUGGAUUUGGAGCAAGGAUUUUAGCGUUGAAUUGGAACAAAAUGGUAGAUUCUAUGAACCCUUUGCUCUCACAAAGAACAACCAAGUUCUGAUUUGGUCUCAGUCUAGUAUAAAAUGUUAUGACCCGAUUACCAAGUCUUUGAGUGUGGUAGUUGAAAGAGAGAGAGACUCAUCCUUCGAGACCUUCAAAGGAGUACUACACAUGAACACCCUAGUUUCUCUGAAGUGGAAACUACAAGGAAACCCAUUCUACAGAUUUUCUAUACCUUGA